GAGCAUGUCAUCUCGAAAGGAACGAAUAGCAUGCUCUGAAUAAAAUGGAGGACAGAAGAUUAUUGAAAUUACUCAAUGUUUACAUGAAUUUUUUGUAGAUUGAUAAUGGUCAUCCUGUUUAAAGAUAAUAUAGGUACAUUCCAACGUGUACAGACAUAAUUACUGUUUGCGGGAUGACAAUAAUAAUACAAAGAAAUCACUUAACAAAACUCGUCUGGUUUUUAAAUCGUUUGCAUCUUGGUAGCUAGUUAACUAAUUAAGACACUACCGAAAUGAAUCCUAACUAUAUGAAUUUCUUCGAUCCAUCCAAUGGAGGGAUGCCAAUGGGAAGUGGUUUUAAUAACCAAUCAACAUUUUCAAAUAUGAAUUCAAAUCCCAGUAGUUUUUUGGAUAUGAUAAAUGGCCCACCUAUGAUGCCUCCAACAGGGCAACAAUCUAUGCCACGCUUUAAUCCAUAUAGUAGUAUGUAUGGACCAAGUGCUAGUCCAUAUGGAAUGGAGAAUUCUGCAGCAAGGUUGCAACAGUUCGCAAGACAGUUAGCACCAAGACCAAAUCCAUAUGGCAUGGCGGGACAUGGUAUUCCAGAUCAAAUGGCGUUAUAUAACAUGCAACAGCAGAUGCGAAUGCGAUUAAAACAACAACAAAUGUCUGACUUUAAUACACGACAACGUUUCAGUCAACAUUUAUCUUCUUGGCCUCGAAUGCCUCCUGGCAUGCCUCAAUUGCAACAGCAAACUGCUCCCAGGAACUCUAUCGGUAUGAUGCAUAAUGCAGUCAUACCAGAUGAUCCUUUACAGAUGAAUAAUAUGCCACCAAUGCAAAGCCCACAGCCGCCAGCUCCUUUCAGAAAAAUGCCAGUUCUAGAUGAAGCACCACCUUCACUAAGGGGGCAGCCACCUUUAGUUCAACAACAACAGCAACAAAAACAAUCAACUUAUAAUUCACAACAAUUUGUAAAUAGAAUGUUUGGAAGUCCCCCUGCAAACACUGUAGACUCUUCGCCAUAUUCAGCUACUCCUCAACAGCCAGUUAAUUUAAAUUCGGAUUCUUUAAACCUCCCAAAUAUGAACUUUCCUUCUCCACAACAAAAUCAGCAACAUUUCAUGAGCAACUUUACAAAUGAAAUUAAUAACUUACCACAAUCACCAAACUUAAGUAACAUACCACAAUCUCCAAAGCUAACACAUUUUGGACCAAGUCCAGCUUCUUCUGUAAGUUCUUUUGAGCAACUACCUCCUAACACUACAGCGCAAAAUUCUAUCACUGCCACAGCAGCAGUUACCUAUCCAGCUCAAGCAACUAAUCCAACUGUUGCCACUGCAGCUAUGAAUUACACACCUUCCCAAAGUUUUCAAAUGUCUCCACCUGUUGACAAACAAAAACCGACCAACAGUUUUGUAGCUCAAGGACAAAAAUUUCAGACUUUUUUUCUUCAAAUGGAAAACAUUCAACAACAAAUAAAUCGACUAAAGUUAAUGCCGCCAUCAGAACAGACUACGAGUCAAAUACAAUUGUUAUCCCAACAGUAUCAAAGCAUCUUUCGACAAUAUGAAGAAGUCAAGCAACAGUCAGAAAACCUGGUUAAUAAGCCAGGUGAUACAUUGCAACUGAGUACUUCACAAUCCAAUGAUCCACAACAGCAACAACAACAAGUAUCUACUGAUAUACCAUCAGGAAAUUUGUUAGAAGACCCAUUGAUGGAAAGUGGUUUAAAUAUACCUGAACUUGAUGGUUUAGAUAAUAAAGAUAAUUUUUUGAAUGAUGAAAACAAAAACGAUAGUUUAUUUUCUGCAGCAUUUUUAGGAGGUUCUGACUUGUUUCCUGCGUCUUCAUUGUUUGGUAGCGAUUCUCUUGGUGUUGAUAUUAAACUAGAGGAUGAAAAGAAAAUAGAUUUUCCACUAACUGAUUCACAACAAAAACCAUUUCAAGAGCAAAUUUUAGAACAAGGAGUACAAAACAAUGUAAAAAGUGAACCUGGGUCUAUGCAAAGCCAACCUGGUUUGUCAAUAAGUAGUCAGCAGCAACAUAACCAAGCACAAUACUAUCAGUCACUUCAACCACUUCGUCCAGUUAUGAAACCAAAUGAACCUUUCUUACCAUUUCCAUUUCAUCACCCUCAAUUUGCUCCACAGCACAAUCAAAUGAUCCCGCAGCAUAUGCUAUCAGUGUCUGAUUUUCUGCCAAAAAGUGCCCUUACUACAACAAUAACAAUGACUAGUUCCAGUAUGAAUCCUUAUACGUGUUUUUCUAAUAUGCCACCUAGUUUACAUAAUUUUCAACAUCCUAGGGGUGGCAAAGGAAAAGGGAAGUCAGGCAAAGGUUCUGGUAAAGUUGGUGGAAAGGGAAAAGGUGGUCGCCCUUCUGGAAACACCAAUAGAAAGAAAAAGAAUUCUAAAGAACUUAAAAAGGCUUCUGAUUUUGAUCCUGAUGAUUUUGAUAAUUUAGCACCAAAUGAACUUUUACAAAAUGACAAUGAUCCUGAAAUGAAACGAUCCCUAAGAGAGCGGACUAAGAAAAAAAAUUAUAAGGAUGACUUUGAUUACAAUCUUUCGGAUGAAGACGAGAAGAACAAAGUUGAAAAAGAAGGUGGUACUGCAACAGAUAAGGAAGCUAUUGAACCUGUUAUAUCUGGUGGUGUUAACCAGCUGGUUGCAUAUCGUCCAAAUUUAGAAGCUGAAGGAGAAAUAGCUAUAAUUGAAAAGAUAUUAGCCAUGCGAAUGGUACAAGCAGAGCAAGUAGAAAAACAAGAAGGUGAAGAAUCUUCAUCCGAAAAAAAUGUUGAAGAAUUUUUUGUAAAAUAUAAAGGAUACUCCUACUUGCAUUGUGAAUGGGGAACUGUUGAAUAUCUUGCAAAGAAGGACAAAAGAGUUCAUGCAAAGGUCAAGCGGUUCAAGCAAAAGCGAGAUAUGUCUUAUGCUUUUCUUAAUGAACUUGAUGACGAGCCAUUUAAUCCCGAUUACUUGGAAAUUGAUCGAGUUCUUGAUGAACAAACAACCACGGACCCCGUCACUAAUGAAAAAAUUUAUCAUUAUCUUGUUAAGUGGAGAGCUUUGCCAUAUGAAGAAAGCACGUGGGAGCUACAGAUGAACAUAGACGAGGCUAUAAUUAAGCAUUACGAAGAAUUAAAGAAGCCCCCACCCGAGUAUCAAAGAAGGUAUAUGCAACGUCCUCAUGAAUCAGAAUGGCGAAAUUAUACUCAAUCACCAAUAUACAAGAAUGGGAACAAGUUGCAUAACUAUCAGUUAGAAGGUUUAAACUGGCUCACAUUUUGUUGGUUUAAAGGAAUGAACUGCAUUUUGGCUGAUGAAAUGGGCUUAGGAAAAACAAUUCAAAGCAUUUCUUUGUUGUGUGCCAUCAAGCAAUAUGGCAUUCGUGGUCCAUUUCUUGUUAUUGCACCAUUAUCUACAAUUGCAAAUUGGCAGCGAGAGUUUGAGAGUUGGACUGAUAUUAAUGCUAUUGUAUACCAUGGUAGUGCGUUAAGCAGAAACAAUAUUCAGCAGUAUGAAAUGUACUACAAGAAUGAAAAUGGUGAAUUCAUUACAUCAAUAUACAAGUUUGAAGCUAUCAUUACCACCUACGAAAUGGUUUUAAGUGCUAACUCAUUCUUCAGUACUAUCCCAUUUCGCUGUUUGAUUAUUGAUGAAGCCCAUCGAUUAAAAAAUCAAAAAUGUAAGCUAAUGGAGGGAUUGAAUAACUUACAAAUGGAUCACGUAGUUUUGCUUACUGGAACGCCGUUACAAAAUAAUGUGGAAGAAUUGUUUAGUUUGUUAAACUUUUUGGAGCCAACUCGUUUCCCGUCACAAGCAGCGUUCAUGUAUGAAUUUGGUAGUUUAAAAACAGAAGCCCAAGUUGAAAAACUGCAACAGAUUUUAAAACCUAUGAUGCUGAGAAGAUUGAAGGAAGAUGUUGAUCAGAAUAUAGCUGCUAAGGAGGAAACCAUUGUUGAAGUUGAGCUUACAACAAUCCAGAAAAAGUUCUACAGAGCAAUUCUCGAAAAGAAUUUCAGCUUUUUGGCAAAAGGUGGUGGCUAUGCAAACUUACCAAAUUUAAUGAAUACAAUGAUGGAAUUGCGAAAAUGUUGUAAUCACCCUUUUUUAAUAAAGGGUGCAGAAGAUAAAAUAGUAUCAGAUUAUCUGUCUACAUCUGACGAUCCUGAAAGGAAUUCAAAACAACUGAAAGCCCUGAUUGAAUCUUCUGGCAAGAUGGUUUUAAUUGACAAGUUGUUACCAAAGCUCAAAGAUGGUGGACAUAAAGUGUUAAUAUUUUCACAAAUGAUCAAAGUGUUGAAUUUAAUUGAGGACUAUCUGCUAUCAAAUAGAUAUUUAUAUGAAAGAAUUGAUGGUGGUGUGCAAGGAAAUGUUCGACAAGCAGCAAUUGAUCGUUUUUGUAGACCUGACUCAGAUAGAUUUGUGUUUUUGCUUUGUACACGUGCUGGUGGACUGGGUAUUAACUUAACUGCUGCUGAUACUGUUAUAAUAUUUGACAGUGAUUGGAAUCCACAAAAUGACCUCCAAGCACAAGCUAGGUGUCAUCGCAUCGGUCAAGAAAAACCUGUGAAAGUUUAUCGUUUAAUUUGUAGAAAUACAUACGAGCGUGAAAUGUUUGAUAGGGCAAGUUUGAAAUUAGGGUUGGAUAAAGCAGUGUUACAGAAUAUGAACAACAAGGACAAUUCUGCCUCUGGUCAACAAGCUAUGAGUAAAAAAGAAGUUGAGGAGUUGUUAAAAAAGGGAGCUUAUGGUGCUGUUAUGGAAAAUGACGAAGAUGCUAACAAUUUCUGCGAAGAGGACAUUGACCAAAUUCUACAAAGAAGAACACAAAUUAUACAGAUUCAAGGUGAAGGAAAAGGUUCAACAUUUGCUAAGGCAAGUUUUGUAUCUGAUAAGGCUCGUCAGGAUAUUGACCUUGAUGAUCCAGACUUUUGGAAAAAGUGGGCGAGAAAAGCUUCUGUUGAUUUAGAAGAGCUUGAGAAGGAUCAGCAGCUCAUUGUUGAUGAACCACGUAAGCGCAAGCAAACUAAACGUUUUGGGAAUGAUGGUGAUGCAACUGUUGAAAUGUCUGAUCUGGAAUCUGAUGAUGAAACAUACGAGCCUCAUAAAUCAAAUCGCUCUGGUAAAAAUGCUUCUUUGGGACCCAUUGAGCGUGCAGCAUGGACCCGUGUUGAAUGCUUUAAAGUGGAGAAGAUGUUACUUAUCUAUGGAUGGUCACGUUGGCAAGAAAUAAUAUCACAUGCUCAUUUUCGCCAGGAAGUUCGUCAUGCUGAUAUUGAAGCAAUCUCACGAACUAUUCUUGCAUUUUGUUAUCGCCAUUACAAAAUUGACGAACGAAGUAAACAGUUUUUUGUUGAUUUAAUAAAUGAGUCUGUCCGUAAAGCACCUGUUAAAAAUGAUAAGUUAGACAUCACAAAUCAGAUAUUGGGAUCUGCUCCCACUAAAGGAAUUCGUGGACGUAAACGAGGAAAUAGUGGCAGAAAUGCAUUAAGACGCCUGACACAUCAGUACAGCAAACCUGCACUUGUUGAAUGUGGUCUCGAUUGGUUAACAGUAGAUCCAGAUACAUUAAUCAUUGAUGCUGGGUAUAGAAAACACUUGUUACACCAUUGCAAUAAGAUCAUGACUCGUGUCCGAUUUCUACAUUGUUUGCAUCAUGACAUUAUCAAGGAGGCAGCUGGUCCUAUUAUGGAAGGGAAACCUUUGGUUGAAGUUAACUUCACAGUGCCGCCUGUUGAUGGUGAAUUGCCUGCUGCUUGGUGGGACGAUUCAGCAGAUAAGUCUCUGUUGAUGGGUACCUUUAAACAUGGUUACGAAAAAUAUCGUUCAAUUCGGAACGACCCAUGUUUAUCAUUUUAUCACAAACUUGGUCCAUUUGAGUUCAACGAAAAAGUCCCAGGAUCUCCAGACAGCAUCAAUAACCCAGCUUCCGUUGAACGAACUGAAGAUACCAGUGAUCCUGAAUUCUCAGUUUUUACGAAAAAAAAGAGCAAAUUAAAAAAAGAUGUUGAUGAAGAAGACUCCCUGAUUGAAUCAGAAGAAGAAAAGGAGGCGUAUUCGUUAACUGCAUCACCAGCUUCUGUUGCUUCAUCUAAAGAUCAACAAGCUGAUGUGAAAAAUUCAACCAAUUCUGCAUUGCGAUGGCCACUUGCUACAGACAUGAACACAAGGUUGAGGCGAUUAGUGUCGUCUUUUCUUCGAUCUACUGAAAAAGAGUAUCUUGACGUUAUAAAAGCCGAAAAGGAUAAACAAAAGCAGGAAAGACUUGCACAAAUUGCUAUUGAGCGUCAGAGAAAAAAGGCUGAAAUGCAACAGAAAUGGACCAGAAGAGAAGAAUCAGAUUUUUAUAGAAUCAUUUCUAAUUAUGGUGUUGUAUAUAAUCGAACGCUAAAGAAGUAUAACUGGGAUAAAUUUAGAAUUAUGGCUAAACUUGAUAAGAAACAAAAUGGAACUUUGACAGCUUAUUAUGAAGAAUUUAUGGCAAUGUGCAGAAAAGUCUGUGGUAGAUCCACUGAAGAAGAUAUGUUGAAGUAUAAAGGAAGUCAAUUAGAAGAAAUAUCAGAGGAAAGAGCCAGUCGUUGUAUUCAACGUAUUAAAUUACUUUCGAAAAUACGUGAACAGGUUCUUGUACAUAGCAAGUUAGAAGAACGUCUAAGGUUGUGUCAAAAAUCAAUGGAAUUUCCCACUUGGUGGGUGACUGGAAAACAUGAUAAAGCACUACUGGAAGGAGUUGCUAAGCAUGGUCUUUGGCGCACUGAAUAUCAUGUUUUGUUAGAUCCUGAGUCAGUUUUUAAGGAGAUUGUUGAUAAAUCUCGGAAAAAUAAGCAAACUGUUGCUGUCAAGUCAGAAAUUGUUAACGUUAAAAUGGAAUCACCACGACUUGUAAAUGGAGAACAUUCUGAUGAAACUUUGACAAGUAUAAAAAAGGAUCAUAUUCAACAAAACAGACAAGAUUUUGAAGAUAGCGACAGUCGCUUACCAUCUGACAUCAGGAUAGCACUACCUGUUCUCACUGAUGAAUACGCCCAUAUCCUUUCCUCAUGGCCCAAGGAAAAAAUCAUUGUUAGCCACUUGGAUAAAGUUUGUAUGUGUGUUAUGAAAGGAGAGUGGCCAAAAGCAACCAGAUUUGAUAUUAAUCCCGUCAUUACCAAAUUACCUGUGUUAUCGAGACCAAUUGUUAGUACGGUUGGCCAUUUCACACGCGCUGAAUUCACUUCUGAUAAAACAUCGGAUCGUCGUGGGGAAGAAGCAGCUGGUAACAGAGAUUUUAAAAUCAAAAGUAUCGAUGGGUUAAAAUUAACCGUAAAAACUGAAGCUAAAAAACGAAAGCGAAAAGUAGAAAUUAACAACGAUACAUCGAAAAAUGUUUCCGUGCUAACUUCAGACGUUGGGAAAGUAAGUGGAGUGUAUGAUCAUGCGAGUAAAUAUGAGAAGACAAAGAGAAGUGAUGGGAUUUCAGUUGUUGAGGUGUUCAAUCGACAACCUCACGGGAGUGUGCAAAUACAUAUCCCUAAAACAGCGAUUACAGCUUCGGUUGCUUCCUCGCAUCGUACCGUCAAUACCAAACAAAUCAUUCACUUUCCAGCUAACGUAAAGGUUCCAAAAGUUGCUCCAUCUACAGUAAAAAUACCCACGAUAACCAGUCCAAGUCUUGGAAAUAUUAAAUUAACUGUUAGUUCGAUCGCUUCGGCGAAGGCUAAGAAUCAUGCAACUAUUACGAAAACUACCAGUAUCGAAACCCCGAAACCUGAACCUCCUAGUACCGAAAAUGUGAAGAAGGCUGAACAUUUAAAGGAUCAAAAACAUUCAGACCAACCGGUUGGUAUUCAUAUCGAUAGUCCUAACGCAAACGUCCGGAUUGUUGGUUCUAAAAUCGAAGUUACGGAAAAACCGAGCAUAAAGAGAAAGAUUGAUAUGUCUGAGGUCAUAUUAAAGGUACCAGAUCCUUCGAAGUUUCUGCCGAAUAAGGAAGUAAAAAAACGCCCUCGUUCUUCACCUAAGCACGUCGUUAAACCGUCGACAGACGUUUUCUCAAUGGAUCAUAGUCAAAUGCCCAAGGUAGCUCCAACGAAGAAGCCGUGUGAACAUCGACAAGCUUCACCGUCUACGCCUAAAGAAAAUAUAAGAACGCGACCUGAACGUUCUGCCAAAAAACGUGCAAAGGAUUCCAUAUCAGAGAUAACAGAAGCUGAACACAUGUCACUCCCAAAGGAGUUGAUGUCGCAUGAUGAAUUAAGUGAAGCGCGUUCUCACAAACCCUGGCCAGAGCUGCAUUCACCAUCUCGUUUGGUUAGUUCCAGGGAUUACUUUCGCUACGAAUAUUUUACAGAUAGAAGCCCGCUUUCGCCAGAAGCCAUCCAUCGACGCAAUUCACGAUCUCCUAUAAUGCGACACCGUUUGUCACCAGAGCGACGAAUACAUUCUCCACCAUUGCACUCUCUUCAUGGGAGACCUUUGUCGCCGGCACGUCACCGACAUAGCCAUUCUCCACCGCGACAUUUUCACGAUCAUGGUCCAAGAUUGCACGAGAUGGAUGACCAUAUAAACCAUCUACAUUACACAGAACCCCUUUCGCCUCGUUAUCGUAGUAAAGAGUCUCAUUUUUACCAUUCUGAUGAAAGCAGGUCUCCAUUUUACUAUGAAUACCGCCAUGACAAAGAAAGAGCGUAUAGUGAGGGUUUGUCGCCUGUUUUUAAGCAUGGUAGAUUAUCUCCAGGCAUAGAGAAACGAUCACCCAUUUCUCAUAAGCAUGAAACUUUUCCUUUUGUUCACCUGACAGAACCAAGGUCUCCUCCAUCCAGUCACAAAUUAAAGACUCAUCGUCAUGAUAUACACUCCCCAAUUCAAGAGGGUCGUUUUCCGUACGGGCAUGUUCAUUGGGAAGGUUCGCCAAAGUAUAAGAGAGACGUAGUUGCGUCAUCAGUGCGCUCUCCUCCUUUGGAUUCUUAUCAAUAUCAGCCGUUGUCAAGGUUAACACCAGAGAGUAAGUCUGUAACUUCUCAUACAUUUGCGAGACCAGACCAUCGUCCUCGCGAAAUAACUUCGCCAGGUCAACGAUCACUAUCCGAAAGACGUGUAAUUUCUCCUGAUAUAGGUAAAAAGUAUGCAGAUACUAGCAGUGAAAAGAAACAAAAGAAGCGGUUGUCAAGCGAGUCGAGUAAAUAUGAAAAGCCUUUGUCUUUUUAUCCAGCGGAUCCACCUAAAUCUAGUAAAGAAGUUAAAGUUAUUACAAAGCCAAAGCCGUUAAAUAUUGAUCGAUCAGUAAUCGAAAUACCUGAACAAACCGGGAGAAUACAAUCGACUGAAAGAAAAACACCGACCACGAAGCGUAAGGGCAUUGGGUUGUUAGAAAUGAAAAUUCAAGGACUUAAAAAACAGAAAAUGGGACAAUUUGGAGACAGCAGUUCUCCUGUUAGUAGCGAUGCUAUAUCUAGUUCAUUCUUUGGGGAACCUACAACAACAAUAACUUCACCGAGUGCGUCAACCGAUCGCUCGGUGACAACCAGUAAAUCAAAAAGCAUUUCUGACGUGAUAAACAGUCUGUCCACGAACAUCAAAGUUUCGGUUGCUUCUCCUAAGACCCAAAAUAAUUCGGAAUCUGGAAAUCAUUUAAAACAGUCAAGUUCAAGAAGCGUGAAAUCUUUACACUUAGACGCAAUAGCGAAAAACCUGUCCCGCUCGUUGGAAAACAAGGUGACUGAUACAGUUACAUCACCAAAUGAAAAGAAACACGAAGAAAAGAAACCGACAAGCAAGUUUGAUUCGAUGAUAUUAAAACUAAAGGAAAAGAAAGAGUUCACAGAGCAGACAAGCACCACCUCGCCCUCUGAAAAGUUAACAGAUAAGGAUAAAAACCGUGGGAGUGGCUCUAUUAAUAUUGCUCAAACAUCGCGUGCUCAAUGUGCGCCAACUGUUACUAGUACAACUGAAAAUAUUGGGGGAAAAUCUUCAAUCAAUUCAACGGAAAAUGCAACGAAUACGCAAAAACCAUCAAAAGUUUUUAACGCAGAACUACACCCUCCGCCUCCACCGCUUGUAAAAGACUCGUCUGGCGUAACAAAUGCAGCUGCAGACCUUGGCGUAAAGUCGCCUGGUCCUGUGAAUUCAAAUAAUGACCACUCGCAUACGACUGAUACACAGACACUAAAAAACAAACCCGUCGAUGCAAACGCAGAAAAAUGUAACAAGUCUGUUGCACACCAGAACAAAGGCGAUAUUUUAACUACAAAUAUCCAACACGAUGUUAAUAAAACCGAGAAAGAUAGUUUAUCAACAGUGUCAGAUGACGUCAUUUCUAGAAAUAUCUUGCUAGAGAACCUACAAAACAAGGAGUUGAAGGAAGAAGUAACUUUCAAAAAUUCUUUGGAAAGUACAGGUAGUGCUACGCACAUAUCGACAAUUACGAAACCGAUUAACGAGACUGUACAUACUACUUUAUCAUAGAUUAAAAUUUUAAAUUUUGCAUACCUCAAUAAAAGCAGUGUAAAUAGGAUUUUAUUAUUUUAAUUUAAGCUCUCUAUUUUUCCUGUCUUUCCCUCCACGUAAUUAAUAUUAAAAUAGUGAAUGUUUUUUAGACAGCAUGGUAAGAAAUAAUUUGACUAAAUUUUAUGACCUCAAUUUUCAGACGUCGUGAAAUUUAAACUUUAGAAAAAAGUGAUAUUCGAGCUUUUUUAUUAUAUUUUUUGUAGAUUAUUUAGUUUUAUAAUUCUGGACACUCAGGAUUUUUUAACUUACAAAAGAUAAAUUAAAGCAAAUUUUCUUCUGAGUGUUGAUCGCGUGUGGGCGAGUGUUACAGCUGUACCACGUUUUGCCGACCUUAUCAGUGACUGAAAGUUUGAUAAAGCAGUGAAAUGCUAUUUUAAACAACAAAUGCAGUGUUAAACAAGAAAACACUAUAUAUUACCCUUUAAUUACAUAUUUAUAUUGUCAAACGGUGGGAGAAUUUUAAUCUUUUGCCAUACAGUAGAAAAAUAUUUUGCCAUGAUACUACAGGGCGUGACCAUACCUAAAAUCCCCAAAGAAAAUUGAUUCUUCCUAAAAUGUAUGUUACACGUUUUUGGUAUAUUCUCCUAAAUUCUCCUUCUCUAAACUCCUAAAAUCGAGAAUUUAAAAGGGAAGAGAGGGAAGUUUAAAUGAACGAUGAAAUUGUUCGACGUUAAAAACGUUCGAUUGGACUUAAGGUUGGGAAGUUUCAGUCUCAGACAAACCGUGGUGCAACUGCAAAACAGCCUAUCCUUUUUUAUUUAUUUAUUAUUAUUAUUUUUUUUUUUUUGCUUGUUAAACUGUCCUGACUUGUUUGUAAUUUGUAACAUGAUUUAUGUGUUCGUUCUCUCAUUCUACUUAAUUAAUUAUUUAUCACAAACUGCAGACUUUAUCACCAAAUUUUGGUAUUUAUAUCGUGUCCGUCAGAAAUACAAGCCUUUUUAAAAAACUGUUUUAAUUGAUGUCCAGAAAGUCCGUGUAAGAGGCCUCGUGUCCGUACUUUUUUAUCAACACUAGGAUCGAAAGAAAGUAAGCUUAGCUCGACUGCAAAUAGAAAACAAAUAGAUAAUUCUUUUGAUUCUGAAAUUGGUGCACUGUUGGUGCACAAACCACGGAAUGCUUUCUGUAAAUUAAUCAAUCAGAAGAAAAAAAAUGCGAUAUAAGAUAGAAACACCAGUUGAUGAAAAGGAUUCGAAAACAUCCCUACUGAAAUCGUCACAUCAGCUAUACGGUUUUGCACAGUGUUUUUGUUAAACCCUCAUAAUCUUCGUUUUUCCUUGUUAAGAAGUAAGCUGAUGCAUGCUUUUCUUUAACGCUCUAUUGGUGGUUAGGUACAUAGGAAGAUUGAAAAUGAAGUUUUCCUUAAAAAAAUUUGCAAUCUGGUGGGCGCUCUUCGCGCGGCUAAGCCAAAUGUUAAUCUCGGUCCUGCACUUAUAUAGCGGUCCAGAUGGGCCGUCAAAUAUUCGGAUCCGAGGGUUGUAAAGGAGGAUGUUGACGAACAAAGUUGAAAUUUAAUGUUUCGUCCCUUGUUAUACUUUAUUUUUCUGACAAGCUGUGAUACGACCAGUUCAUCUUAAGAUAUAAAUUUAAGAGGGACGAUUGGCUAUAUAGUUAUUUUUUGUCUGUAUAUGUAGUUUAGGUUAUAGAUGGCUUAUGUUAGUUUAGUUUCAGCAAACUAGCUAGCUAAAACACAGCUAGCUAGCUAUGACUUUUAAUUUGCGAUCAUAUAUAAUGUGAAAAUAGAGAGAUUCCACAAUUAUAAAAUACUAUCAGCUGCUGGGGUUGUAUUUCAUAAUACAAAAUAAACUCCAUGUCUUUAGUUGACUUUGUGCUAAUAUCUACUUCAUGAUGGUUCCAGAUGCUCCAAAAAUCCCACAAGCAUUGUUUUAUUUGACCAAUUUUUUCACUCUUUUUUUUGUGAGCGCUUCAACAGUAAAUAUAUGGCACCUAUAUUGUUCACAAGUUGUCUAUGCAACCUUAAUUGAUAGGUUCGGAUAUAAUUUUAAUUUUUUUAAUUGGUUGAGAGAAAAAACAUGUAUAUUUAUAACAAUAUAUUUAGGGGCCUUCUAAAUUUUUUUCGGGCCCUGUUAGAGGGAUAUCGCCGCUAAAGGGGGAGGGGGUCUGAAGCUUGAAAAAGAAAUCCGCUAAGGAUUGAGAAAUUUAAAAAAAAAUUUUUGUGGCCUGAACAUUCUUCGUUGUUCGUGAGCAUAAUUCCUCUUUUCAUCAAUUCUGAUAACUUUUAUCUACAAAACACGCCCCUGAGCCUUCCAAAAAUUUAUCCGAAUGUGUGUAUUUCACAGAUGGAAAUCCGCUAAAAGAGGGGGGGAGGGGGUCUGAAUCUUAGCGGCGAUAUCCCGCUAACGGGGCCCAAAAAUUUUUUCGAAGGCCCCUUAGGAGGAAGUACUAAAGAAUUAAAAUUUUAUCUGUUAGCUAUUAUAGUUAGUAAUCGGGUGGAAGAUAAAUCAAGAGGGUCUUCAUGUAUGUCUCACUGCUAGCUGCAAUAUAUUUAUUCUUGUAUGCAAUAAUUAAAGGGGUGUUUAACCAAAUUCUGUGAUUUACCAGCAUGGAUGAGUAAGGCCGUCAUCAAAAAUAUGUUGUGUUUGCGUCCUCCGACCGACUCACUUUUGGUAAUAAAAACCCGAGUCGGUAAAUUGGAAAAAGACCGGAAAAAAAUUUCGCAAAAUAUUUUUCAAAAAAAAAAAAUUUUCGCCAGAACUAAUUAAUGCAAUAUUGACAAAAACUUGCGAAAAUUAAUUUUGGUAAAAAUUAAUUCCUUUAGGGCACUCCUGUUGCUACUGACAGUUUGCAGGGCAGCGAAGAGUGGCGCUAUACUGUCUUGGCCCUGGGAACGAAUUUGCUUGCCCUGAUCUGAAAAUCCCAGUUAAAAAUACGCCUGACCGACUCAUUUUUGGGGGGUCUUCAGGACGCAAACACAACAUAUUUUUGAUGGUGGCCUAAAGCAGGACUGCCAGUUUCCUUCAUUGGCUAACUUUAAUUUAUUAAUUUUCUCGGGAGUACAAAAUAUAUAGCUAAUAGACCUAAAAUUAAGUUUGAAGCUAACUAUUCCCUUUUCUUUUAAAAACAAGUUUCCAAAAUUUUAGUAUAAAUUUCCUUGUUUUGCUGUAUUUCCUUCUUCACAGCACAUAUUCUUUCACAUUUUUUAGACUGUUUUGAAUUUUGAAACUAUCAAAUCUCUACACUUUGUUACCCAAUUAUCCUCUUCCAUUCUUUCCAAGUGUUGUAAGAAUACGUCUGUGCGUAGAAGUAGUUUUAGCUGUAAAAUUCCCCUUUUGUAUAUAAUUUAAAUGUUACGCAGUCUUAUUGAUUACGCACAAAAGUUUUGAGUAAUAUCAAUAAAACAAACACUCCGAACUGAAUAAGAAAAAAUAAACAUAGUAAAUCCACCUAACAAGAAUUGGGAUAAACUUUCUGCAAAGUAAGUAAUCUAUAAAUUGAUAGUCUUAUGCAAGGGGCAGUAUUUUCUUUGACUGCCUUCUUUCGCCUAAACAAUUCAAUGACAUCCAAGUGACAAAUAUUUUAGAUGCUUUAGUAAUGGACCGGAUUUCGCCCCGUACUGGUAACCAAUCGUUGGAAGUCAUCACUUCUCCAACCACUAAGCAGGGAGCUACUACAUCCACUGCUAAUCCGGAUCCUGCUUUUUUCUCCUUCACCCUACAAACGAGAAAGAGAAUGUGUUGGUUAAAUUGCUGGGCCCGUAUCCAUACAACGCUCCCUAACGUUAUAAAUGGUUCCCAAUGACUGGAAGUUGGAGCCCCUUGUUGUUAACCAAAAAUUAAAAACAUGUGGAGGGAACAAGCGUACAAAAACAAGAUCCAAACUAGAUUUUCGAGCAUUGUAACACCUUGUUUUGUAAGUUUUUUAUUAUUAACUGUGUUAAAAUGCGCAUGUAUUUCACAGCAAUCUUAUUACAGGUUGUCUCUCCAGAGGAGUUGCUUGUGGAACUAAAGGAAAAGGCUGAGAAGAAGUAGAUAGAUGUAAAGAAGCAGAAAGACGAAAAGAAGCCAACAGAUUAAAAAAGGUGAACAAAGAUCUGGCAAAGAAGCAAAAAGUGGAAAGUGAAUCAGAGGAAAUAAAGAAGGUAGCGAGAGAUUUGGUGGUGGGAGCGAGAGCAGAGAUAGUGAGUCUGGUGACGAAGAAGAAGAAGAGAUGAAAACAGACAAAAUUCCACCUGCAGUGCCAUUAGUAAACCAAGAUUUGCAUAGGGUUCUUAAAAGUUGCUGGGAGUUGAUUAACCGACCCAACUCUGAGCCAAUUUUGUGUGUUGGGAAGCUAUUACACGUUUUAUGUCUGACGAACCCGGUGCUAACAACUCGUAUUGUGUGUCUAUCCAAAUUAAUUUCUUUCAGCAUAAACUUAGCGUUACCAAUUUGAUUUUUAAAGAAUAUGAACCACCAAACAAGGACAUUUAUUUAUUUCCUGCAAAGGACAUUAUUGCCGGUCCACUGAGAGUCGUGUAUAAAGAAAAUAGACGGUGUGAGGUAGUGGAUUACCUAAUGGUUGUUAGAAAGGCAUACAAGAGUAUGAAAGCAAAGGAUAGAGAAGUACUCUACAACAAUUUCCUUUGCAAACAAAUCAGUUAAUAAACAUUUAAGAUGGAGUAGUUUUUCUUAUUUAGCUUCCCUGAGAUAUUUAUACCUACCCUGUAGUACUUGUCCACGUUGUCCGUCUUAAAGAGGUCUGUACUUUUGAAGGUCUGUCUUUAUAUCAUCAUUUCAACGCGUUGAUAUGUUUUGCACAACACCUUUUCUGAUGGCUGCGUAACAAAAAAAUUCUGUGGCGUAGUCAUUGGAAUUAGACGUUACACGCCUGGAAUUAGUCAUUACACACCUGCGUAAACAAAAGUUUCAUGUGGGUAACAAUUGCUGUUUUGAGGAACAAAUCAUUACGCAGCUAUUUAUAGAAUUUUGUUGCAAAAUCAUAUAGGAAACUAGACUGGAUUGAUUACGCUUUAUAAAUGCUCAUGAUUUAUGGGUUUUACCGCUGACCCUAAAGAAUUUUUUUGAUUUCAUUGUGAAGUGUGUAAGCAUUGGGACAUUCGACUAUAUAUAUACUUUGACAUUUGUUAUGAAUAAUAUGCAUUGUAUUGUGAUGUAUUGUGAGGAAGAUCUCAUCAAGAUGAUGUCAGCUAGGAUCACUUACUAAACAAUGCUCAUAGUCAUACAAUGUGAUGGUCGGAAUUGAAAAUUUAAAAUUAGCGGCAUGAUGUAAACAAGUAGGGUAGAAUGCAAAGGAUAAAAUUAACACAGGGUUUUACUUAUUGUAGAUGUAAUGCAUUAUAAAAACUUUGCAUUAUGGAAUAAUUAUGAAUAAUGAACUUUAAAAUUGCUAUCUUUGUUAUAUAAAAUAUCUGGCUACUGUAAGUUUACUAACCUUCCACAGUGUUCAAUUAAGUGCAGGAAUUGCAAUUAUUUGAUGAUGCUUAAAAUGCUGAAUUACAAGUGCUGUACCCUGCUAAUGAAAAAAAUAAGAAAACAAAAUGAACCAGAAAGUAGGCAUAACAUUUAACCCCAUUUAAUAUAUGGGCUCUCUUUGUGUCUUGAAAGUAUGGGAGGAAGCAUAAAGUGCCUGCUGUCCAUAUAGUCUGACAGAUAGUUAUGACAAAACUUUGUACAGUUGAAUUAAGACAAAAUAAAUGAUUUAGUAUAAUUAUCAGCAAUCCUAAUAUCUGAGUAAAUAUAUAUAUAUAUAUAUACCAUUUCCUCUAAUCUAUUUGAUAAAGUUUUUGGCAAUAUUAGCCAAUCUGUUUUGUUAUGUGUUGGUAUUUUAUAUUACAUCUUUCAUUUUUUUGCACAUGCAUAAAUAUUGGCAAAAUUCUUAAAAUUCUAACAUAUAUUUUACUCGGAUUAUGAUUGUGAAAAUUAAAGAAUUCAACGGGUGGUGUUGUGUUGGGUGUGGUAUGUUAAUAAUGUAUAUAUUUGAAGCUAUGUUUUAAUACCAUUAUUUAGUUCUUCUUUCUGUGUAGUAAAUGCUAUUUAUAAACCUUUUUUUCUAAUAAAUGCUGCAUUUGAGAGUUCAUUGUUUCUACAACUUUUCUUAGAUUAGCAGCCUUGUGCAUUACUUUUAAAUAGAGAGGUGCACUUAUGUUGUUAUGUUCCUUUUUUAGUUUACCUAACAAUAAUUGACAUGAACAAGUUCAUCACAACAUUGUAUUUUUUAAUUCUGCAAAUCAUAGAAGGGGAUGGUUUGUUUUGCUAUAGUUGUGUAGGCACAGGAAACAACUGCAAAUAUCCAGUAAAGGUUGACUAUUGCUUGAGUGAUGAUCAGGUGUGCUACACAGAACAAAGAUUUAAUAAAUCUAUGGUCACUAACAUUGAACCCUUAUUUAUACAACGUAAAUGUGAAAAACCAGCUGAAGGAAUUUGCGAAAUGAAAGAUGGUACUUUUUCAAGGACGUGUUUGCCGACUACGGGACAACAAGAAGUUUGUUACAGCUGUUGCAACACAGAUAGAUGUAAUAUAGACAACACAUCCAGUAGUGUAUUUAAUAAAAGCUCUCUCUUUUUGUUAUUUUGCACUUUUAUUUUAUAUUUACAUGUGAAUUGAGACCUUAUUACUUUCUUUGUGGGUUUAAGCAACAUUUUAUAUUAACAGUAGAUGACAAAUUAUUUUGUAUCCAAACAAAUAAUUUUUAUUCUCUAUAUACGUCUUUUAAAAAGUUUUUUAGCCUUGUUUUGUUUUCUUUUGAGAGAUACUUGGUGAGAUCGUAGAAAUAUAUACUGUUUCUUCAUAUUUCAAUUGUAAGAUAACAAGUUGAGAAUUUAAAUUAUAUUAUCAUUGUGGAGGUGGGGAUAACAAAAAGCAGUAAACAACGGUUGUAUGCACUUGCGUACAUAUUGUGAUUUCUCACUCCUGAUUAAGAAAAAUGCAUUUAUGAUCAGGUUUAUCUUGGUUAGCGUUAAGUACAUCCACGGGUAGCUAGUUCUUUUUGCAGUGUAUAUAAAUGAAAGCAAGAACACAUGGUUAACCUGUGUAUACACCAUCAUAUGUUUUUUUACAACAGUAUCGAAACAAUAGUUCCAAUGACAGAAGGUUAAGAAGUUGAUUUUAUGUUCACUGAUUUUUGUUGUUGUUAAAACUGAAACUUUGCAUGAUAGAAAGAAGUUCUCGUGCAUGUUAUAAAGUAUUCAUUGAUACUCUAAAAACAAUUAUAUACAAUUUUCUAUAUAGAGUUUAUUUUUUUAAUAUUUAACUUGUUCAGGUAUUUUUGAUGCUUUCGUGCCUUCCAUUGUGUUUUGAGAAAAUAUAUAUAUAUUAUCUCUUUAUACAUUAUUCAAUUUUAAUAUUCCUUAUAUAUGAAAGUAUAUUUAUAUAAUUAUUAGAUUGUUCGUCAAUUUUUGUUGAUUUCAAUUUUUAUUUGUUUAGGCUUUUAAUAUAAUUAAUUUUGUUUAUUUAAAAACAUAAUUUGUUAGUUAGAAGCCCUUUCUUUGUUAAAAACAGUCCAAUAGUAAAUGAAAGCUGCGAUCUAUUUGAAUAAACCUGAUAAGUUGUAUGACCUUAAAAUGCUUUGUGUUUCUUUUUUAGAAUAUAUAUAAAAAUAAACAUUUUCAUGAACUGUAUGGUUUUAACCCUUGAAAAGUUCUACAGCAUGCACCAGUGCAUUUUUUUUUUAUUCUUCCUGGUGAAGACAGUCUCGUCACUGGAGUGUUACGCUUGCACGAACAUCGAGAAACUUGGACAGCCUUACCCCAAUUGUUUAUUAAACCCGACUCUCACAAAAAACUGUUCUACUGAUGAGAUUUGCCAGACCAUGUACACGUUGGAGAAAGAGGGAACAAAAUAUAGCAUUUAUUCUGUGAACAGAGACUGUAAGAAGCCUAUUGAUGCUUGCCAUAAACCAUGCAGCGGAAAUAUAAAUUCUCUAAAUCGCACGGAAUGCUUUACAUGCUGCCAAACAAAUAAAUGUUUAUCAAAAUUUGAUAUUCCGAAAAGUGCAGCUUAUAUUGUCCGCCCAAUGUUAUUGUUCAAUUUCUUUGUGCUACUUUUUCCGUUUUACAUCAUUUAAUAUUUCUUUCCUUCCUUUUAAUUGAUGGAAUGAAAAAAAACCUAACUAACUAACUUGAUUUUUUGGGCAUUAUGUUUUAAACUUAAAGGGGAUGCAUAAUUUAGUGGCUAAAUCCCUUUACCAGUGGUGGAAAGUUUACAAUAUUCCAAAUAUUAAGAUUUUUGUUUUAAAUUGCUAAUAUCAUUUCUAAUUCUGAAAUUAUUUAUUUAAAUUUUAUACAGUGAUUGUAUUUGUGAUGAUUUGUUGUUGUUUUUAAACAAUUUAUAAAAUUUAUACGUGUAAAUAUAUUAUUCAUAUUAAAAGUAUAUUUAGUAAUGUUAUAUUUAGUAACAAGCUGGUUCAUAAUUUUUCAGAUGAUUUGUAUAAAGUUUCUUCUAAUUAUAUAUAUUUUUAUGGCUUUUGUGAAUUUUUAUUUUCUUGUUUUUGUGGACUGAUUUCUGUACAAUUGACCAUGGUUUAAUUAAAUUCAAGUACCAUUGGUAUAAUCAUGCUUUCACAGAGCAAUUUAGGUCUUAUAUUCUUUUUAAAAACACACUUCUAUUUCCCCUAGAAAAUAGGAAAGAAAAGUUUAACAGGAAUUGAAAAAGGAUUAAGAUUUAUCAGUUUGUUUUAUUAAAAAAAUGACAGAUGACUGUGGAUGUCUUGAAAUCUCCCUUAACGAAAGAAAUAUUUGUGAAACAUGUUUGGAAUAAAUUAUUGAAAUUUUGGACCUCAUUCGCCAAAUUACAUUUGUUAGAGUAAUCACAAAAAUACGUUUCGGAUUUAUUUUUAAAAAAAUGAUAAAUAUAAACAAUGUUUUUAAAUUCUUGAGAGCAGAAGUAAGGAUAAUGUAUUUCACUUUAUAUAUGAUUUUGUUGAGACAUGCAUUACUUUGUGUAGACGUGAUUUGUAGAAAUUUAUGUUCGUUUCAACGUAUAUUUAAAAAUGAACAUAUGAGGUUAUUUCUAUUUUUUUUUUUUUUUUUUUGUAAAUUUUGAGAUUAUAUUUUUAAUAAUUCUAUUGUGUGUUAUACUGAUAAUAAAGAAAAAUCAUUUGCCAUA